AUGGCCGCGAUAGGGUUAGGCGCCGAGCAUUUACGAUCGUCUCUAAUUGAAGGUGUGGUUAUUGGAUGUGAGAACAGUCCGAACAGUACAACGAUAUCCGGUGAUCGUGAAGCACUGGGGACCUUCAUCGAGAAGCUGCAAAAAGAGUCUCCAGAUGUUUUUGUUCGUCAGCUCCAUGUUGAUAACGCCUAUCACUCGCAUCACAUGAAGGCAUACGGUGCUGCCUACGAGGAUUCAAUUGCUGAGAUUCGCACGAGUGAAAAGCCCAGAAUUCCAUUCUUCUCGACUGUAACAGGGGAGGUUAUUGACACUGCCAACGAGUUCAAUGCAUCCUACUGGCGACGAAACCUGGAGAAUCCUGUUCUCUUUGAUACCGGAGUGAGGAAUAUCAUCAAGGCCAAUUUCCAGAAUCCUAUUUUCUUUGAGAUUGGGCCCCAUUCCGCACUCGCAGGACCGUUGAGACAGAUCUUCCAGGCCGAGAAAACCUCUCUAACGUACGUACCAAGCUUGCAACGUGGUAAGGACGACACCGAAUCGAUUUUUAAUGCCAUCGGGAACCUCUGGGCAAACAAUGUUCCAGUGGAUCUGGAAGCUUUGAACCCGGUUGGAGCUGUACUUGCAGAUUUGCCGGCUUAUUCAUGGGACCAUUCGGUGAGGUACUGGGAGGAGAGCCGGAUUUCCAAGGAGUGGAGAGAACGAAAGUUCCUCCCUCAUGAGACCCUUGGUGUUCGCCUCGGAGGCAGUAGCCACCUCGAGCCAACAUGGCGAAACCUGUUGAGACUCGAUGAAGUGGGCUGGGUUCGGGAUCAUCAAGUCGGCACUGACAUUGUCUUCCCCGUGAGUAUCCUCUUACCUGUAUCCAUGAUGAUAUGCUAA